AUGGCGUCUUUGUUCUGGUCUUCUUCAACUUCAUACAAAACUCCUUGUGCUGCCUGUAAGUUCUUGAGAAGAAAGUGCUUGCAGGGAUGCAUAUUUGCUCCUCAUUUCCCACCUGAAGAGCCUCAAAAGUUUGCCAACGUUCACAAGAUCUUCGGUGCUAGUAAUGUUUCGAAGCUUCUAAAUGAACUACUUCCACACCAAAGAGAUGAUGCUGUCGGUUCUCUUGCUUAUGAAGCCGAAGCACGCGUCAUUGACCCUGUCUACGGUUGUGUUGGCGCCAUCUCUUUUCUUCAGACCCAAGUCGAGAUGCUGCAAAAGGAGCUCCACGCUGCCCAUGCUGAGUUAAUCAGGUAUGCUUAUAAUGAUCCACAGAGUUGGUUUAUACCAACUUCGGUUCCAUGGUCGACCAAUGGGAGGGUGUAG